GACUCCAGAGCGACCACAGGCCCGGCAAGUCCACAGAACCAUGGUUACCACGGUGCCCAGACUAACAGUCUACGCUUUCCCCCGACGGAUGCGAGAUUUCGACCCCAACUGGAUUCGCCUGGUGUCAAAUGGUGGCGACCUCGACACACCUGUCGCCUGUCUGCUUGGCUUCAUCAAGCUUUUCUGCAGGGCCGAUUAUUUUAAGGUUUUGCAAGGCAGCGACGCGGAUUGCCUGUGGCUGGAAGAGGUGAAGAUCAACAGUGCGGUGGUACGCCGGAAGCUGCGGAACGUGAUGACAGGCUCGGAGCCCGUGGCCACGAUGCACGAUGUCUACGUGCUGUUCGGUGUGUUGCUGUGCAACGUGAACUCCAAGGAAGGCACCAUCCACGACCAGUACUGGUUCCAGAACCGCGUGAACGAACUCGUCGAGCUGUUUCCAGCUGUUUCGGAGCAGCCACAAGUGUCGCUGUACAACGAGUCGCAGGCAGACGCACUUUCCGCCCUAGGAGAACAGUGGCCCCACACCGCAGCAAACAUCGUCUGCACUAUCGUCGAGGGCCGUUUUCAGGGCCCAAUGAAGCGACUGCAGGAGUAUGUCUGCACACAGUGGAGCAUUGCAGAGAUGAUUGGGGUGGUACCACAACCCUUGCAAAGCGCCACAUCCGAGCCUCCCGUGCUACAACAGUCUGUGAACAUCUCCAGACCCUCGAAUCCUCUGUUGUCAGCAGCCCAGGAACUCGCUAUAUCCGAUACUCCCGUGAUGCAAGAGACCAGAUCCAACCCUGCCGUACAGGGACAGCGCCGAGGCGCCACAUCCAUAGCUCCCACGAUGCUGCAGCUCUGGGACGCCAGCAGAUCCAUGCCUACGGUGAUGGCCACUCAAAAGGUGUUCGUGUUUCCACCGCAAGGGGAGUUUGAUCCAAAGUGGAUUCGUCUGCUUACAAAGAGUCGCGACCCGGACACUGCUGUUGCCUGCCUGCUUGGCUUCAUAGAGCUGGUCUGCGGGGCCGAUUUCCAGAAGGUUUUGAACAGCGCCGACAAAGAUGGUUUGGAGCUGGAGCCGGUGAUAGUGAGCAGUGCGGAGGUACGCCAGCAGCUGAACCACCUGAUGACCGACUCGGAACCGUCGGCCACGAUCGAUGAUUUCUACGUGCUACUGGGCGUGCUACUUUGCAACCUGUCCUGCCCGCGCGGAUACGGCACGAACCGCGGUUGGUUCCGGACCCGGGCGGAUGACCUGAUUGAGCUCUUCCCGCACGUUUCGUAUGAAGUGCCAGUACGAUUGUAUGAUGACGCUCAGGCAGACGCCAUCCGCGCCUUUGGAGAGCGGUGGCCUCAAACCCGGGCAGCAAUCUGCAGCAUUAUACUAAUGGGCCAGUUCAAGGGCCCGAUGCAAAUACUGCAGCAGUACGUCUCCGAGUCCUGGAGCUUUGCAGGGAUGGAGCAUGCGGAGCGUAUACUGGAGUUCCUUAUAAUUCGCUACCCCUGGGUCGUCGACGUUAUUCCAGAGCUGAAAUCCAAGGAUCACAUUUUGCAAGAAUUUCUUCAGGUGUACAAGCGUCUGCGUGCAGAUGCCCCAUACAUGAAGCUGCUGCACCUUCCCGAGGCGGCAAAAGCGCUUCGUGGGCCCCUGGCAUUGCACGCGGCAGCAGCAUACGCGCUGGCUGUGGUGGAGGACUGGAGUCAGUACACAGGUUUGCCCGAUGACAGAGCCGAGGAGGAGGUCUACGUGAAGGUGUCCACGAUGGUCCAACUUGGGCUCAGAGCGCCCCCCGUAGAACCCGAUGCAAGCAGUGUUAGUGUAACGACCACCGCACUGGACAACGUCGAUUAUGAACGUCCACCUCUCUGGAGCCAGCGAGCCCAUAGCCACGAUUCCUACAGCGCCACAGAUAUUUAUGGCAGGACGGUUCUCGUGCGUGACCUUGAAUUUCCUGCAAGCGGCAUGCUUUACACGAAGGGAAAAAUCUAG